UUCCUCAUAUCGGUAAGCCGGUCGGCCGGUCCAGUCCAGUCCAAAUUCCAUCAGGUUACGCUUACACGCUAUUCCUUUCUGUGUCGCCAUCUCAACAAACUUAACUUCCCUUACAAUCCACCAUUUCUUCCUCUUUUUUCAUCGUUUCUUCAACCGAUUAAUCUCCCUCUUCUUCUCCGAUCUGUAAAUUCUCCAGUCAUGCAUAACGGCGAUGUUGGCUCUUCCUUCUACCACCAACCUUACUUACACAACCCAAACCCUAGCUCUACUCCCCCUGAUCAUCCCUACAAUCCAUACGCCUCCGCUCCUCCUGAACCUUCCACUUACUCUUCCUCCGACUACUCCACCACCUUCCCACCUUAUUCUCAUCAACAACAACCUUACACUUUCCCUCACCUUGAUCAAAAUCAACCGAAUUAUUAUUAUCCUCCGUAUGAUCAAAAUCAAACCCCUAUGAGUUACGAUUAUACCACACAGAAUUAUGGUUCCUCUCCUCAUCAUGCAAUUGAGGAUUAUGGAUCGUAUGGUGAUUCCGGUAUUUACAAAUAUAAUGGUAGGAAAGAUGAGUUGUAUAAAGAGAGUCGAUCUGAGUCGAAUGUUGGGGUGAUGUUUGAUGAUUAUGGGAGGCCUAUUAAUGUUCAAAAUCAGAGGGAGAAGCAGGGAUAUGAGAGUAGUCGUAAAAUUGUGAAGGCAACCCCGAAGAUGGAGGAACAACAGGAUGUUACAGCUGGUGUGUUGAAGUUCCGCGUCAAACUUUUAUCUGAAGGGAUUGGUCAGAGUGACAUGGAUGUGCUUUGUCAGAUUGGUCUCGAUGGGAUUCGCUUACUUGAUCCUGCUACGAGCCGAACUCUGAGAAUAUAUUUGCUGGAGAAUGUGACAAGAUGCGAGGUGUUGGAUUCAUAUAUAUUUGCAUUUUGGGCCAAAAACUCGGUUGACAUGGAACCUAGACGUAUCAGGCUGAAAUCAAAUAGCUAUACGGUGAACAAUAUGCUGGACACUGUGACAGCCGCAAGUAUUCAGGUCAAGGAGAUGGGUGAGAGUAAUAAAUCUUCAGAUUCAAUCAAGGGAUCCGAGCAAGCUGCUGAGAAGAAGAAAGGUUUUGCUGAUUUAAUGAAGUUGAUGAGGCCACUAAAUGAAGAGAAAGAUUUCUGGGUUCCUGAUGAAGCAGUUCGAAAAUGCACUGCUUGUGCGACUGAUUUUAGUGCUUUCAAUAGAAAGCACCACUGCAGGAACUGUGGGGAUAUUUUCUGUGACAAGUGCACGCAAGGUAGAGUUGCCCUCACUGCAGAUGAAGAUGCACAGCCAGUUCGAGUUUGUGACCGAUGCAUGGCAGAAGUAACUCAGAGACUCAGCAAUGCCACGGAAGCAACAACAAAAGUUGCUGCAUUACAAAGUCAUGAGGACCUUACAAGAAAACUCAAGGAGGUGAUGGAAAAAAACCGCAAGACUUCAACAGGUCUUAGUUCUCAAGGAUCUAAUAACGGGAUGAGAGAGGUAGAAUGUCCAACUUGCACAGUCCAUUUGCAGGUUGAAGUGCCAGCUUCUGGAUCAGAAACGAUAGAGUGCAGCGUUUGCCAGCAUCCGUUCCUUGUUAGUGCCCAUUGAUCUGCAGAGUUUGUUUUGUUAUAUCCCCGUGUUAAAAGCCAAGUGUGAUCGUCCUUUACUCAAUAGUUUUGAAAGAGUAUCAUGGUCUUUAUUGAGUGAUAAUUGUAUUGUUCUCUAUUUCAUAAUGCAGAUUUAUGUACAAAAAAGAGGGGGGGGGGUGUUACAGUAGUUGUCCUAUCUGUAUAAUACUUAAAAACUCGAUCCGGGAAGUAUAAUGAUCUAUUCGGGCAUGAAACUGAAUUGUUAGAGUUCAUUGUACAAUGCAUUUGUUUUUUAAGAUUCUCCACUUAUCGGGUCUUAAGACAUCUGAAUCGGUCAGAUUUGAAAUGGAGUCUGAAAUCUUUGGUAA